AUGAGCGCGCACGAGGCCGACCACGUGGCGCUGAAGUGCGUCGUCGUCGGCGACGGUGCGGUCGGGAAGACGUCCAUGCUGAUGUGCUACGCGACGAACACGUUCCCGACGGAUCACAUGCCGACGAUUUUUGAUAAUUACAGUAAAAACGUGCGCGCGAGAGACGGGCGGACGGUGAGCGUGGGGCUGUGGGACACCGCUGGACAAGAUGAGUACGCGGCGUUUCGACCGCUGAGCUAUGAGAACGCGGAUGCGAUGUUGUUGGCGUUUUCGUGCGAUUCUAAGGAGAGCUACGAGAGCGUGGAGACGAAGUGGGCGGAGGAGUUGCGCGCGAAGGCGCCGAAGACGCCCAUCGUGUUGGUGUGCACCAAGAUUGAUUUGCGAGACAGUGGGAAAGGGGUCGUGAGUCGCGCGCAGGGAGAGGCAUUGGGUGAUCGAAUCGGCGCGACGGCGUACGUGGAGUGCAGUGCGCUGACGCAGAAUGGAUUGCCCGCGGUGUUUGACACCGUCAUAGACGUGCACUUGCACCCAGAGCUGUUCGAAAAGUCGAAGCCUGGAUGCUGCGUCGUUCAAUAG